AUGGAAAUAAUCGCAAAAAUUUUCGUUUUAGCACUAUCAGUGAAUGUCGUUGUGGGACAAUGCUCGGUUAACAUCAGAAAUAACCUACAGUCGCCGGAACCAGUAUUUUUCCAAGGAACGCAGCUGUGGGCUCCGGAUGGGCCAGCGCUAGUUUGGAAUUCAGGUCAAACCAGCAGAAUUUCCUGCCAAAGUGGCCAACUAAACGGAUUCGGUGUUGCAAAUGCCGACCUCACAUGUCAAUCCGGGACGACAUUUACUAUUGGUGGAACGCCGGUAGAUUCUUCCAGCUUGACCUGCUCGCAGCGCAUAACCGGUCAGAUAGACAUCACGACAACAUCAUGCGGGAAUGGUGCCGGCCAGCUGCGAAAUAUUGGAUUCACAACAGUGGAAGGUCCACUUGUAACCUACAUUCAGUCGUGCUACAAUGUGAAUACGGCUUCCGUCAUCUACACACGUCACAUUAUUCCUGGCAGGGCGAUUAAUCAUGCAAUCAGUGAAUCGUAUCGACCAUCGUUUAAAGUGGCUGGCACUGCUGGCCAUGUGAGUCCGGCAACCUCUUAUACAACGGCCCAGCAGAGAAUUCGUUUGACUACUUUAUUGGGCUCGCAGGAGCAAGCGGAUCGAUUCAUUACUACGAGCUCCUAUAUGUCACGUGGUCAUCUAGCUCCUGAUGCAGAUGGAAUCUUUCGGUCGUGGCAGUGGGCUACUUAUUUCUAUGUAAAUGUAGCUCCACAAUGGCAGGUUGUCAAUGCUGGAAACUGGUUGGUAGUGGAAAACGCCGCUCGGAAUAUAGCUGGUCGCUUACUAGAGGACGUGCUUAUAUUUAAUGGAGCUCACGGUAUCAUGACAUUGCCUCAUGUCAAUGGACAAGCUAUUCCCAUUACCCUCGAAGCGGGAGGCAUCGAAGCACCUAAGUGGUACUGGAAAAUUAUUAAAUCACCCAGUACCAAUUCCGGUAUCGCUUUGAUCACCAACAACGACCCCUUCCGGACCAGCAUGCCAGCCGCGGAGAUGCUCUGCGCGGACGUAUGCAGUACAUACGGAUGGGGCAACGCUAAUUAUGCUAACUUUGCCAGAGGAUACACUUACUGCUGUCCGGUUGGUGAGUUGAUGAAUGCUAUUCCGGCCAUUCCGGCCGAAGCUGCCGUCUCGAGUGUGUUACGAUUUUAA